UCAUGCUGCUGCCAGGUCCAGAGUGUCUCAUGGGUCCCUGUACGGCCUCCCAUUGCUGCUGUCUCCAUCGCCACACUCUGCCAUGUGCCACUUUCAGGUCUCCUCACACUGCUGGUGGGUUCCAUUUUGUCAUAGGGUGCUGGCAGAUUACGGGCCUCCCAUUGCUGCUGCCAGGCCCGUAAUCUGCCAUGGGCCCCGUACCGACUCCUCAUGCUGCUGCCAGGCCCGUAAUCUGUCAUGGGCCCCUGUACGGCCUCCUCAUGCUGCUGCCAGGUCCAGAGUGUGUCAUGGGUCCCUGUACGGCCUCCCAUUGCUGCUGUCU